GCCAUUUUGAAGCCGGCAGGGGGACCGGGGCGAACUGCGGAAGGGGAGGGGGCUGGCGGCGAUUGGCUGCGGCGGCGGCGGCGGCAGCGCCUCUCCGAGCCCGGAGCGGCGGCAGCGCGGAGCGGACCCGCCUGCGACCAGCGAGGCGAGGCGGCUGCAGCGGGUUUUAAAACCGUGAAAUCAUGGCUCAUUCAAAGACGAGAGCCAAUGAUGGAAAAAUCACAUAUCCUCCAGGAGUCAAAGAAAUCUCUGAUAAAAUAUCUAAAGAAGAGAUGGUGAGAAGGCUAAAGAUGGUUGUGAAAACGUUCAUGGAUAUGGACCAGGACUCUGAAGAAGAAAAGGAGCUCUACCUAAAUCUUGCUUUACAUCUUGCUUCAGAUUUUUUCCUCAAACAUCCCGAUAAGGAUGUACGUUUGUUGGUAGCAUGUUGUCUUGCUGAUAUUUUCAGAAUUUAUGCCCCUGAAGCUCCAUACACUUCACCAGAUAAACUGAAGGAUAUAUUUAUGUUCAUAACAAGGCAACUUAAAGGUUUAGAAGAUACAAAAAGCCCCCAGUUUAAUCGAUACUUUUAUUUGCUUGAGAACAUUGCUUGGGUCAAGUCUUAUAACAUAUGCUUUGAAUUAGAAGACAGCAAUGAGAUCUUUACACAGCUGUAUAGAACGCUGUUUUCAGUAAUAAACAAUGGUCAUAACCAAAAAGUACACAUGCACAUGGUUGAUCUAAUGAGCUCUAUCAUUUGUGAGGGAGAUACUGUGUCGCAGGAACUUCUGGAUACAGUGUUAGUUAAUCUAGUGCCAGCGCAUAAGAAUUUAAACAAGCAAGCUUAUGAUUUGGCAAAGGCUUUACUAAAGAGGACGGCGCAAGCAAUUGAACCAUACAUCACUAAUUUCUUCAAUCAAGUCCUUAUGCUUGGUAAAACAUCAAUUAGUGACCUGUCAGAGCAUGUGUUUGAUUUAAUUCUGGAGUUAUAUAAUAUUGACAGUCACCUCUUGCUUUCUGUUCUACCACAGCUUGAAUUCAAACUUAAGAGCAAUGACAAUGAAGAACGUCUGCAGGUUGUAAAGCUUCUAGCCAAAAUGUUUGGGGCGAAGGAUUCGGAGUUGGCAUCUCAAAACAAACCACUUUGGCAGUGCUACCUGGGGAGGUUUAAUGAUAUCCACGUACCUAUUCGCCUUGAGUGUGUCAAAUUUGCAAGUCACUGCCUUAUGAACCAUCCCGAUCUGGCAAAGGACUUAACAGAAUAUCUGAAAGUAAGGUCACAUGAUCCUGAGGAGGCCAUACGGCAUGAUGUUAUAGUAUCCAUAGUUACUGCUGCUAAAAAAGAUCUUUUGCUUGUCAAUGAUCACCUGCUAAAUUUCGUCAGAGAAAGGACACUGGACAAGCGGUGGAGAGUGAGGAAGGAAGCUAUGAUGGGACUUGCACAGAUAUACAAGAAAUAUUCAUUGCAAUCAGAAGCAGGAAAAGAAGCUGCAAAACAGAUAUCAUGGAUCAAAGAUAAACUUCUCCAUAUAUAUUAUCAAAACAGUAUUGAUGACCGGUUACUUGUUGAACGCAUUUUUGCUCAGUACAUGGUCCCUCAUAACCUGGAAACAAACGAACGAAUGAAGUGUUUGUAUUACCUGUACGCAACUCUGGAUUCACAUGCUGUGAAAGCAUUGAAUGAAAUGUGGAAAUGUCAAAAUCUGCUACGACAUCAAGUAAAGGAUUUAGUUGACCUAAUAAAACAGCCGAAAACAGAUGCCAGCAGUAAAGCUAUAUUCUCAAAAGUGAUGGUUAUAACAAGAAACCUUCCUGAUCCAGGGAAAGCUCAAGAUUUCAUGAAGAAGUUCACACAAGUUCUAGAAGAUGAUGAAAAAAUACGAAGUCAGUUAGAAAUGCUUGUUAGCCCAACAUGUUCUUGCAAACAGGCUGAAGGAUGUGUGAGGGAAAUAACAAAGAAGUUGGGCAAUCCAAAGCAACCAACAAAUCCUUUCUUGGAAAUGAUAAAGUUUCUUCUUGAGAGAAUUGCUCCUGUGCACAUUGAUACUGAAUCCAUCAGUGCCCUUAUCAAGCAAGUGAACAAGUCUAUAGAUGGAACAGCUGAUGAUGAAGAUGAGGGUGUGCCUACUGACCAGGCAAUCAGAGCGGGUCUUGAAUUGCUGAAGGUACUUUCGUUUACGCACCCUAUCUCAUUUCAUUCAGCUGAAACUUUUGAAUCUCUCCUUGCUUGCUUGAAAAUGGAUGAUGAAAAAGUGGCAGAAGCUGCAUUACAAAUUUUCAAAAAUACAGGAAGUAAAAUUGAAGAAGACUUUCCUCACAUACGAUCUGCUUUGCUUCCAGUGUUGCAUCAUAAAGCUAAAAAGGGACCCCCUCGUCAAGCCAAGUAUGCUAUUCACUGCAUCCAUGCAAUAUUUUCCAGCAAAGAAACACAGUUUGCACAGAUAUUUGAGCCUCUGCAUAAAAGUCUGGAUCCAAGCAAUUUUGAGCACCUCAUUACACCGUUGGUUACUAUUGGCCAUAUAGCCAUGCUUGCCCCUGACCAGUUUGCUGCCCCUUUGAAAUCUUUGGUUGCUACUUUUAUUGUUAAAGAUUUGCUAAUGAAUGAUAGGCUUCCCGGAAAAAAGACAACAAAACUUUGGGUCCCAGAUGAAGAAGUGUCUCCUGAAACCCUUGUUAAAAUUCAGGCUAUCAAGAUGAUGGUUCGGUGGUUGCUAGGAAUGAAGAACAACCACAGCAAGUCAGGAACAUCUACUCUGAGAUUGCUAACAACAAUAUUACACAGUGAUGGAGAUUUAACAGAACAGGGAAAAAUAAGUAAACCUGAUAUGUCUCGCUUGAGGCUGGCUGCAGGAAAUGCUAUUGUGAAGUUGGCACAAGAGCCUUGUUACCAUGAAAUCAUCACCUUAGAACAAUACCAGCUGUGUGCACUAGCCAUAAAUGAUGAAUGUUACCAAGUGAGACAAAUAUUUGCUCAGAAACUUCACAAAGGCCUUUCUAGACUACGGCUGCCACUAGAAUAUAUGGCUAUUUGUGCACUGUGUGCAAAAGAUCCCGUGAAAGAGAGAAGAGCUCAUGCUAGGCAGUGCCUUGUGAAGAACAUAAAUGUCAGAAGGGAAUAUCUGAAGCAACAUGCAGCAGUUAGUGAGAAACUGUUGUCACUUCUACCAGAGUAUGUUGUUCCUUAUACUAUCCAUCUUCUAGCUCAUGACCCAGAUUAUGUCAAAGUCCAGGACAUUGAACAACUCAAGGACAUUAAAGAGUGCCUGUGGUUCAUACUAGAAAUAUUAAUGGCUAAAAAUGAAAACAACAGUCAUGCAUUUAUCAGAAAAAUGGUAGAAAAUAUCAAACAGACUAAGGAUGCUCAAGGACCAGACGAUCAAAAAAUGAAUGAAAAACUAUAUACAGUCUGUGAUGUAGCAAUGAAUAUCAUUAUGUCAAAGAGUACAACAUACAGUUUGGAAUCCCCUAAAGACCCUGUACUUCCAGCCAGAUACUUUACUCAACCUGACAAGAAUUUCAGUAACACCAAAAAUUAUCUUCCUCCGGAAAUGAAGUCUUUUUUCACUCCUGGAAAGCCCAAAGCAGCCAAUGUUCUUGGAGCAGUUAAUAAGCCUCUUUCGUCAGCAGGCAAGCAGUCUCAAUCCAAAUCUGCACGAAUGGAAACUGUAAGCAAUGCCAGCAGCAGUUCAAAUCCAAGCUCUCCAGGAAGGAUCAAAGGGAGGCUUGACAGUUCUGAAAUGGACCAUAGUGAAAAUGAGGAAUUCACACUGGCUUCACCCUUACCUGGAAAGAAAACUGACAAAAGGGACGACUCUGAUCUUUCAGAAAUGGAGAAACCUAGAGGAAGGAAGAAAGCCACUAUCACAGAUUCAGAAGAAAAGCUAAGCAUAGAUGACCUGAAUAAACUGGGUCAAGAGCAAAAGCUUAGAGGUAAUCAACGGGGAAGGAAGAGACCUGCAGUUGUAUCAGAAGCUGAUGAAACACAAUGGCAAGAGGAAAAAAGGCUAAAAGAAGAUGUGAUAGAGAGUGAGGAUGAACAGAACAGUCCACCGAAGAAAGGGAGAAGAGGACGCCCUACCAGAACAAAUAAUGGGGCAACACCAAAGGAAGAACCAGUGGCAAAGUCAUCAAAAAGGAGCAAAAAAAAACAACCACCAGCAGCUGCAGUGGAAGAGGAGGAGGAGGAGGAAGAAAGGCAAACUGAAAACAUUGAACAAAAACCAAAAGGCAGACAAAAUAGGACAUCAAAAAGAACACAGCAGAGAGCAGAACCAUCUGAAACUAGUACAGUUGAAUCAGCACAGUCUACGCCACAGAAAAGACGAGGAAGGUCAUCACAAACACCACCAGCACAGCAAAAAAAAGUCCGUGCAGGACGUUCCAAACAAGCAGCCAGUAAAGAGAAUGAAUCCAGUGAAGAGAUGGAUGUGUUUCAGAGUGGUUCACCUGUCAGUGAUGACAUUCCCCAGGAAGAAGUAAUGGAAGAAGAGGAAGUUUCCACAAUCAAUGUCCGUCGCAGAAGUUCCAAAAGGGAAAGACGAUGAGUGGGCAGGUAGUUACCAGCCUUCCAGGUGAAAGCUUUGAAGAAUGCUUUUAAUAUAAAGCUUGAGACUGAAUGAAACUGUUAGUGCACAAAUGGGGUUGCUGAAGAAAAGACAAAACCUAUUGUACUGCCCCUGCAUUUGCAGUCCCUAGGUCACAAGCUUUAUCCACACACAUGUCGAUAUCAUUAACUGUGGAUUUUUGUGAAGUGUAAUGUGCGCUGGCUUUGUAGACAUAUGAACUAAAGAAGAAAACUGUAAAUAGUUCUUUUUUUAAUGUUUCUGACUUAUAAAGUGCUUGUAUAGCUUUUAUCUGCGGCUUUAAACUGACAGUACCCCACUGUUUAUUGGAUUGAUUGAUUUUAAAAAAGAACAGAGUUUGUUGAAAAUUGAUCUCAAGCAAUAUCUGUCAGUGUUCGUAUUUGUAUUCUUGUUGACAUUUAACUGUGAAAAACAAGUCAGUUGAACAAAUAGUGCCACAUUCUUUUGCCACUAUUUGUCAAGGAGAAGAAGAAGAAGAAAAAAAAGUCUUUGUUUCCUUCAUGAAUUUAACCUGGUGUUUACCUUCAGGCACCUACUUAUCAUCAGAGGUGCUAAAUUAUUUUCUUUUACAGUUGAACAAUAUUGGAUAGAAUAAUACAAGAGAUGCAAAUCUGGAAAGAAGUUUUGUUUUACACCUCAGUAUUGACGCCAGACUUUUCUGGACUUGUAGUGGCAUUGAAAAUUCAAAAAGGAUUUAAAAUACUUUAAUUUUAAAAGUGUGUUAUUAAAUAAUGUACUGAAUACCCUACCCAUUUUAUCUUCCCCUAUCAGUUUUUAUUAAUCUACUGUAUCAAUAAAAUUCUGUAACUGAAUUUUUAAUAGUCUAGUAUGUUAAUGUGUAUAGAUAUUUCCUUCUGAACAUGAUGUUCACAAAGAGCAAAUUAUUACUACAUUAUAAUAUGAAAUCUGAUAUAUAAACAUUAGUGAAAAUACAGUUCUUAUUACAAUGUAAAGUUAAUCGCAAAGAGAAAUUUUAUUGAUGCAGUGUGUCUUUAUAAAGCUGUUCUUGAGAGCCAAGUGUUUUGUAUUUUAUAGUGAAGUUGCAUGUUUAUGAAAAAUGUGCUGAAAAUGGGAUGUAAUGUUUUUUUUGAAACUCGUAUCUAGCAGUAGUAUAUGGUAGGUUGCCUCAUGAGAGAUCCUUUUAUUGAGAGUUUAUUGUACCUUUCUGUUUUGUUUUUGUUUUUUGAGCCAAUUUUUUUUGGUAUGAAGAGCUAAGUUUUUGUUGAAGAACCAACUGUCAACUAUUACAGUCAAGAUAUUCAAGAUUUGAAUGAAGCUCCAUUUUUAUUUUGUGCUACAAUAGAGGUUGGUUUGUAUUGGGUUUUUUGUUGGAUUUUUUUUUAGUUAUAAUCUGCAAAAAAACAAAGACGAAAAUUCAUAGAGCAGUAUCCUGUAUACAGUUUAAGAGUUUACAAACUGUCUUUAAACCAAAAAAUAUCAGUAAAUUUACUCUGCUUAGCCAAGCACACAUCAUAAUUUCAGGUGCUGUUCUCCCUCUGGUUCCUUACAGUUGAUAAGACAUGAAAAAUCAGUUUCUAACUGAAGAGAAUUUAAUUGAAUAAUGGAACAUUUUCACAUAAUCCAUCAAUAAAUAAGUUAUUGUUGCAAGGUUGCCUGUAAAGAUGACAGGAAAGGAUAAUACUAAACCACAGAUUUACUGAUUUCCAAACUGUAAGAUCACUAAUAAAGCAAGCAACCCUUAGAAUUUUUUCAUUAUUCAUUUUCUUUGGUACCACUAGGAAAAAGUAUUAUAAACAAUUAGAUUAUUCUGCCACAUCUUAACUUUUCCCCCUCUUUCAGUAUUCAAGUUUUCAACAUCUACACCUAUAGAUACAGGGGAAAUGCUGACUAGAAAGGCAGAUAGGUUUGAUGUGAAUUGACUUUGAAAUAGUUGGCACAACAGAACUGGCUUACUUGUGCUUCAGCAGUGCAAAUGCAGGUUGUUGAGGGUUUUUUAUGGUAUAAAAUGACUGAAAACUAGCUUUGUAUUUUCCUCUUUGACAGAAUUGCACUGAAAACAUUUAUGGAAGAUGUACCUUUAAGUCAAUUUUAUACAAAAUAUGAAAAAUUAAUGCUGAAACUGCUGCAGACUCUUGAGGCUUUAUGUGCAUAAACAUGGUUAGGUUAAACUUCAUGGAAUAUUGAUGCAUCAUUACUGAUCAUAAUGUUUAUUGUAAAUUUAAACUAUAGUUUUGCAAUUUAAAUGUUGAUUUCUUGGGUAAUAAUGUGUAAAUCAUUAUUUCUUGAGAAAUAGGCACAGCAAAUAUGUCAUUUUAUUCAAACCUCUUCUAAGUUCAUUCUCAUCUCAUAUAAAGAAAAUGAAUAUUUUAUGUACUAACAUUUUGAGAUCUGCGUACAGUAGCUACAGUAGAUUAUAAUUAUGUAUAAAAGAUAAAUUGCUAACAUUCAGUUAGCAUGCUCUUCUGCAAUGAUAAUGUUAAGUUUAUAAAAAUGUACUGUAUUACAUUAAAAGAUCAAAUUGAACUCACUGUAACAAGUUCCAGUAUGACAUUUUUGUGAGAUUACCAAAGUAUCUUGCUGUACUUUGCAGCAAAUAAAGCUUUUGUUACAUUUCCUUUCUUUUGCUGCAGUGCAACAGGAAACUUUCAGUGAUCCGUAGUUCAUGAGUGAAAUCCAAACAGGGAUUGAAAUCUUUAUACUAGUAUUUAAAAAUAAUUCACUGAUUCCAGAAGCAUGGUGGUUUUUUUACCUGUCACAGACUGAGAUAAUGAGUAUUUAGGGCUAGCUAACCCACUAAUAGGAAGGAAACAUGAAAGUGUUUGAAAGUUCUAAAUUGACUAUACCUGUCCCACCUCAGAUAAUUAGAAUCCAUUAACUUUACUCGACUCUCCAAUUGAAUUUAUUUUCUAGCAAAAUUGAACCCUUUUUCAAAUAUUUUGACAUUUGUUGUUGUGACAUUUGGAUCUCUGUGAACAAAAAUAUUAGUUUACAAAAAAGAUACUAAUAUUAAAGACAUUUUUCUCAAAAAUGAAUAUGCUCAGUUUGUGAGUAACUUGGAAGAAACUUAAGUGUUGAAUCCUAAAUACUUUAUUCUGGCAUAGCAUUUGUCAUCUGGUACUCUAGAAAAGGCACCACCAAACGUGAGAGGGGUGUGUGCAGUUUUCUUGCUGCUCUUAUUUGCAUGUGUAGGUUUUGACAGAUUAUCCAAAUCUGCUUUUGUGAAUGCACAUAGUAGGUUUUGGAUCCUGCAAGUUCUGCAAGUUUACUUAUCAUUCAUACUUAUCCCUAUGACUCUGUGGGGUUAAUUCUUAAAUGCAGUCAUCCUGUGCAAAUACAAGUACAAACCCAAGAACGCUGUUUGAAUAUUCUUAUGGUUGUGUACACAGAGGACAUGAGGAUCUUAGAACAGGACACCAGUGAUAAGCAAAAUUGUGAGUUUGUGGAUGGAAUAAUUUUACAAACUUGCCUGUGUUUAAAUAUAUGUCGUGUAGAGAUGGAUAUAUCUCUACCUCAUCCAAGUAGGUGCAGUAUAUAUUUUGCAAACACUUUUUAAAAGAGACACAUUCAGGUACGCCACUGUGUUUGAUCAAGGCCUCAUGUCUAAACACACACUGCUGAGAUAAGUUCUAGAUGGCCAUCCUGCUACUCUGAUGGUUCUGUAAUGACCAAAAUCAUAAAAUUCACUUAAGACCAGUUAUCCAUCAGGAGGAGUAGAGGACUCUGAAUGCAUUCUUCUGUUCUCACUGAUUGCCAUUCUAGUCUUUGCAUCUUUGUUGGAUGUUGCCUUUACAAUGUUUACUAAUUUAGGUGCAAUAUCCUGACACUGACUGAAGUGACUUCUAUUUCACAGACAAGCAAACUUCCUGAUGUGUCAGUAGGUUUACCCCAUAUCCUUAGGAUGCCCUCUUCAUUUCAUACAGUACAGCUUCUUAUGUUUUGUUGAUCAUGGAAAAGUAAGAAGCUGAAUGUUGGCAACUGGUGUAGAAAUACAGAAAAAAAAAACUUCACCCAAUUUGCUUUAAAGUUCUUCAAAUUCUGCUGUGUAAAAGAUCUGAUCUUUUCACAGUGGUCCCCAAGUGCCAUUGUAUUUGUGUGGGCAGGAUAAACAUGGUCUUGUACAGUGUUUACAGUAAUGAAAAGGUUUUAUGCUUGCAUUUUUUUCAGUGCCUCAGUACAGUAAUGAUGUGCUUUUUAAAAGCACUUUCAUUUCUGUAAUGAAGUUGUAUAUUCUUUUUGAAAUGGCAACAUCAUAUUGAUGUAAAAAGGAAGAAAGCCUCUAAAUACAGAUUUCUACCCCUGGAAAUAAGUAUUUCAGUAAUCACAUGGUAUGUUGGAAUUACUUUAACAUACAGGUUCUUUGAAGGAUGGAUAAGAAAGUACUUGAUUUGGCUAGCUGUGUUUCCCAUGCUUGUAUCCUACCUCACACAUGUAGACAUAAAGGAAUGCAGUAUUUUGCAAAUCAAAGCAGUAUUACUGAACACUGUCUCUGCUUACUUGGACAUAAUUUUGUUAUUAAAAAAGAAAUUGCAGGUCACAAAUUUGUUAGUGAUUCUGAACAGACUCAGUGAGCUGAUGGCUUCAGAUAAUAUCUUCUGUAAUACUGUCAGUAUUUUUUUUUUCCUUUUUUUUUCUGUAGAUAGAAGACAGUUACACAAGUUAUGACAUACAGUGUAAGAGAUAUUUAGUUGCAGUAUCAAUAGUGGUAACUUUAGUUGCUGUUACAGUAUAGAAGAUUGUGUUAGAAUGAAACAACCUUGAAAAUUUUCUUAACUAUGUUGGGAAGACAAGCUGAUAACGUAAAACAGCUUUCUUCUUGAUCACAGCACCUUGAAAUAGUCUGAUUUGGAAUAGCUGGCUUUUUUGGUAGAUAUACUUUAAACUUGCAGGUUCCUGUGUUCCUUGUAGUAUAUUUCUAUUCAGCAAAAUUAAGUUCUUGUAAACUAAAGAUAUUUUGAAGAAUAGUUUUUAAUCCUUAUUUAAUAAAAUAAUAUGGUAUUCAUUUUAAGCAAAGAGGUUUUUGGGGGUUGGAUUUUGUUGGGUAUUUUUUAUAGCCAUGCCUAUAGAUGGAGUAACAUGUUACAGGUGUGAUGUGCAUCACCAUUUUUCUGAAGUCUUUGACCUGCAAGACACUGAAUGGGAGUAGAAGCUGUCUUUGUGUUUUCCCCAAAAUGCAUUUACUCUUGUCCUUCAGUGACCACUUCAAAAGAGGAAUAAAUGAUGAUUUAAUUAUCUUCUGCUUUAAUCUCUAUGGUUUAGAUUAUGAAAAAACAACAGUGGGAUCAACCAUGUUGUUGGGUGAAAAGAGGGAUAUUAGAGAUGGAUUAUUGAUCUCAAAGGUGCUGGAGCGAUCAGUAAAGAGUAGGGAAUCAGCAGAUAAAUGAAGUAGGAAUGCAGUUUCUUGAUACAGGAUCACCUAUGACAGGAAUGUUCUACUAAAGAUGAAAGCCAAGAUGGGGAAAAUUAAGUUGGUGAUGGUGGUAUUAUUGUUAUUAUUUAUUUAAGAGAGGAGAACUGAGGGUAAGUUGCUUUCUCUGGUGUGUAAGAACAUGCAUAGAAUUGAGACUAAUGCCAGGCGUGUUUAUGGAAAGAGAGCAAUGGCUACUGCUGAGGGCAAAUGUCAUCAGUUAAGGAAUUUGGAAUAGUUUGGCAAAAGAGGAUUCUAACCUCCAUAGGUAGGAAGUAGGGCAGCAUUCAUUUAUGUGCUAAACUAAAAUUAGGGCAAAAGAGGUCAAGGCAUAAGCCAUUGGGAAACAAGGGCUUUCACAGCUCCCUAAUAGCAGCAGUCCACACAGGUCCAGCAGCAUCUGAGCAUUGCAAUGAUGUUUCCUACAGUGCCUCUCAUUAAAUCUUUCAAUGUGACCUCUUAGCAGUAUUUUGUGAAACCCUGAUUAUCUGCUCUUCCUUACUAAUAUUAGUAUUCUUUCUUAGGAGCCUGGGAUGAUUCUCCCCUUCCUUCACAUAUGGAUGUCCUCUUCUACAGGACAGUGUGAGUCCUGUGCCCAGUCACUGCUGCUUUUCAUUCCUUUCAGUGUGCCCCAACCAACCAGGUUUCUGAAUCUUUCUGUUUGCGAUAUGGGCUCUUUGGUGAGACGGUGCUCAGUCGCUGAAUCGCCUCUGCAGAGAACCAGUCACAGCAACAAGCCUGAUAGAGUUCAGGAGUGUCUGGAUGACAGUCUUGGUCAUUAAGUUUAUUUUUAGGUAGGCCUGCGAGGAGCAGGGAGUUGGACCUGAUGAUCCUUACGGUUUCUUUCUAGCUUGAGAUAAUCUGUGUCUAAAUGCAGCAGUUGUGCUGUUUGUUUCACAGGCAUUGAGCUGUAAAGCAAAAGCUGUCCUUGGACUGCAGGGUGUAUUGAAAAAGGUCUGGACAGGUUUGGUAAUUCAAAAGAGAAGUAGUAGUUGAACUGCUGCUACACUCUGAUACUUCAUUUUCCCAACAUCUAGUGAACCAAAUUCCUUCCAAGGUUAUAGGUAAUAGUACUUCUCCAGAAUUAGGAAGAUGUUUUCCAAAAGCUGGCCUGUGUUGUCCAGUGAAAUGGCAAGUAAGGACUCCCCUGAAACAUAAGUAACCAACCAUGUGUUCCCAAAUACACUUUGUUUUGGAAGUCAAGAGGACGAAUAAUACGGAGAGAUUCAGUCAGAAGUUUCCAUUCACUCUUUCUUGCUCCUGGUAUUAGGGAAGAAACAAGUCUGUGGUUGGAAUAUGAAAGAAAAUGAAGACUCUUGCAGUAGGGAAGAUCAGGUUUUGCCAAACCAUUUUUUGUAGUCAUGGAAAGAUCAGGAAAAGUUACUCAGGAAAUAUGUAUCACUUCAGCAACAUUUAAUGAUUAUGUACUUGGAUGCUAUCCUGACAAAUGUGUGAUAGUGGGCUAUGGGAUAUUACUCUAAUUCUCCAUGGGAUAGUAUUUAAUCUCUGUAAAGAUCUAAAAAUUAAUUUUGUUUUCAUUUGAAGCUAUUGUGUUACUUUGAUUGUUUAUCUUUCUAUAACUGUCAUUAAGUAUCUGGUCAGCAUCCAUUGCUUGUUUUCAACUGUAGCAUUAAACAAAAUAUGGCAGCGAGAGAUGACACAUAAUUGCUGUCAUUUAGUGCUAUCAUAUUUACUUUAGAUAAAAAUAUUUUAAGUAACAUACUUUAAAUCCAUACUUCAUUAAUAUGUUCAAAACUUGUGACUUUGUCAUCUUAGUUUCUGUGCUACUACUUGAUAUUGAAUUUGAACAUUAUUUUAUGUUUUUUUCUGUUUAUGUAAGAAAAAGAAGUCCUUAGUACUGUACCCAUCCCUGCUUAGGACCCACCAUCCUAUUUAAAUUCAAGACUGAUGAGGACUUCUAAAUAGUUGUUUAAAUAGCUGGAUUGUCCCAUUUUUGUUAUAAAGUUAAAAAAUAGCCCAGGUACUCCUCAGUUAAAAUUUUUGGGGUGAAUGACUGAGACAACUGGAGGACUUCUCACAGUGGAUUCCCUGUUUGAAUUUCUGGAUUCUGUGUUCCUGUUAAUGAAGUGGGAUGUUCCUGAGAACCAUCACCUCUGCUAUACAUAGGGACAUACUAAACCUCACAUCUUUUUCUAUAGUCUUUCAGCCACACAUCUGUUGUGUUAAUUUCAAAAAGAGUGGGAGUUUCAUAUCUGCCAGGAAAUUACUUCAAAUCUUUAAAUCUUUUUCUUGUGACCCUUUUGCUUUUAUGUGUAAUUUGUGUGUCAUGGUGUUGAUUUCAAAAGGCGUUUUGAUGUUUUGUUGUUUUGGGGUUUUUUUAACCACAUAAAUUCACACCUUUGGACAUCUUAAGCUUAGUCCCCCUGCAGGCAUUCUGUCAAGGUGUUCUGCUAUUUCUAUCCAGUGACUGUACAACAGGAUAGUAGUCUGUGUCCAGGCCUUCUGGAAAUACUUGUAGGAGGUGAGUGGUCAGAGUGGCUUCUGCCAGGACUCGGGUGACUUCUGGAACACUGAAGAUCUGCUGUAUUCUGGUUAUCCCUUGUACACCUGCAUGCCGCCUCAUCCAUGCCCUUGCAAAUCUGGAUUUCACCACACAAAUUCCAUCAUCAGAACUGAUGGGGGUCAUUUCGCCCACUGAUGUGACACAGCAUGGUGGGUUUUUUUGAGAACCUUUUUCUGUGCUUGGCAGUGGCUAAUGACUGCUGAACUACCAACUGCACUAAAAGUGGUGUAACAUUUUCAUGGGAGUGCUGGCCAACUCACCUGAAGAAAGCAUUAGUUAGUGCAUGUACUGUGGGUAAGCUUUGGGAGACAUGAACAUUCUACUUGGGCUUUCUGUGAUUUGGUGUUUGCUGCUGAUAAAUUCCUGCAGCUGAGAGGUGGUGAAAUGCUGAGUAUGAGAGGAGUGAGAAUCCAGAACAUGGCAGCUUUGAGUAUGGCAAGGAGAACUCUCCUGUCUCAUGUGCCAGAAAGAAAUACAACUAUGUAGGAACCAUUGUUAUUAAAGUAACAGAUGUGUGUAUUUGCUUCCUUUCUGCCAUUUCUGCUGUUAGUCUUCUAAAACAUCUGAUAUUUUAAUUUUCUACAGAGCAGAAACUGAAAUGCAACAGUUUUGUCAUGUGUGCAUUUGUAAGAGAGGUCAGAGUGGGCGUAUGUGCUGAAAAACCCAGGUGUUCCAUGGCCUUGGCUUCUGUGCAGAAUUGUGGCAAUGUUUAUUUGUAAGAACUCCAGUGCCUGUUGAGUCGUGCCUCGUUCUUUCCUCUUACAGAUUUACAUUUUUAAUAUGCUGAAAAAGGUAUGGAAAUAAGGUGUCAAGACUUAAACGUAUUAUAUUUUUCUUAUUUGAACCAUGCUUCUUACUUUUCAUACAGUGUAGACUGUUGAGGAAAUAGUGACUAUGAAGGGGAUAACUACCAAACCAGGGAGAAGUCCUCAUGGGAGAAUGGAGUUCACUGUUGCUGUACACAACAGGUAGCAUCUGAGUUCAAUAAAACAUUGGCAGUAGCCAUGGAAAAUUCAGAAGGAAAGUGUUAUGUGCUGAAAAAAUAAAAUAAUCGGCACAUACCUUGUUAUCUAUUUGGGAUUUUUAUAUCUUUUAUACCAUUCUCUUUCUUUUGAUGUUUCUGCCAUGUUCCUGUCCACUUUCAUACUGUUCCUUUGUGUUAGUCAUGUCUAAUGACACAAAUACAAAUAAGGAAAACUAAGUUUAUCUUAAGAAAAAGACUGACUAAAGUUCUGCCUGCUUUGUUAUCAACGGGUGCUUUCUGCUCUUUUCUGUAUGUUCCUGGGCCCACAAGGCUUUGAUGAACAGCAGUGAUUAAAAACAGCCUCUGAGAACAAAGGUUCAUCCCACCUCCCCCAUCACUGGAACAUGUACCUGUUCACACAGAUCUGCUGUGGCUGAGAGCCAGAGCUCUGCAAGAGGAAAACUCAUAAAUGAAAAAUGAUGGAAUAGAGUAAGGAAGUAAAUAUACUUUACAAACCCUAUGAGAAUAUCACAGGA